CGGGAGGUUCGAAGUUUGUUUAUUUAUUAGAUCAUUUUUUUAUUAGACCAGUAAACCGUUGUUUGAGUUUAGUUAAGAUGGCUUAUUGUAAAGACAGUCUUCCAAUUGGUAACUUCACGUUAAAGGGUGCAUUGCAUGACGUGGAUGAUACAACAUUCGACAUGGGUAGCUUGAUUGGUUUCAACGAGAUCAAAGAAGACCGUGACAUAUGGCGUAUGCUUGCUGCCGAAUUCAUAGGGACGUUAUUUCUUGUCCUUAUUGGUUGUGGAUCUUGCAUCGAUUAUGGUGACACCCCCUCUACUGUACAGAUUGCACUAACCUUUGGUCUAACCGUCGCAACUUUGGCUCAGGUGAUUGUACCAGCUGCGUAUGCAGGGACUCUGGGAAGUACCGCUGUGUCAGCUGCUGUUACAUCGUUAGAAGCCUUUUUAAUAGAGGUCGUUCUAACAUUCCUUCUCGUAUUCGUUGUUCAGGCGGUUUGUGACCCCAAAAGAACCGACAUCAAGGGGUCAGCACCUUUGGCAAUUGGUCUCAGUAUAACAGCCGGACAUCUUAGUGGGGUAAGUUGUUACUGACUCGUAUUUAAGAAGGAAAUUCGCAAAACUCACCAUCGUCAUUACCUUUAAUAAAAUUUCCAUGUUUCACGUCCUUAACUGAGCAGAUUUUAAGUCAAGGGUGGUCACCCACUGUCCGCAGGCCGCAUGCGGACCUCUAAACAUUUUUUCGGCCUGCAAGACUCAUUAUAGUUUUACAAAACAUAUUUAUUUUAUAAUGGUCGCUGAAUUUCGAUAUCUACCAAGUCAAAGUUAGGAAAUGCUUCAUGAGUAUUUUACAGACAAAUGCCAAAGAAUCUCACAUCUUUUGGGGUACGAAGUGGAAACCAAUUUUCUUUUCUUAAAUUUUAUAGAGCCAACAGUACUUCUUACCCUGAAAUAUGAUCGGUGAUUAUUAAAAACUCUGCUUCUAAUUUAACCUGUUGUGUUAUCUGAAAAGAGGGGUAUGUCAAUAUUAUUAAGAAAUCUGCAUACCAUUC